AUGACUGUUUGUAAUGUCACACAGGGACACCCUUCCUUCUUCAUUCUCCAAGGCAUUCCUGGGAUGGAAGACAAGCACAAAUGGAUAUCCAUUCCCUUCUCCUCUUUGUACUUCAUGACCAUCCUUGGGAAUUGUACUAUCCUCUUCAUCAUCUCCACAGAGCUUUCCCUGCACAAGCCCAUGUUCUUGCUCCUCUGCAUGUUGGCCCUCACCGACUUGGGCAUGUCCACAACUACCAUUCCCAAGGUGUUGUGCAUCUUCUGGUUUGGCCAGAGUGAGAUCAGCUAUGAAGGCUGCCUUGUUCAGCUGUUCUUCAUCCACUCCAUCUCUGCCAUGCAGUCUGCUGUCCUGAUGACCAUGGCCUUUGAUCGCUAUGUGGCCAUCUGUGAGCCCCUGCGCUAUGCUACCAUCCUUUCCAACAGUCGCAUUGGGCUUAUUGGCCUCGUGAGUUUGCUAAGAGCUAUCUUCUUCAUUCUCCCUAUGCCUAUUCUUCUCCAGAAGAUGCCCUUUCAAGUCAAUCAUGUCAUCCCCACCACCUACUGUGAGCACAUGGCUGUAGUAAAGAUGGUGUGUGUGGACACCACCAUUAACCGCAUGUAUGGUCUAGCUGUGGCCCUGUUGGUUGCUGGACUGGACAUCUCAGCUAUUGGCUCAUCUUAUGUGCUAAUCAUCCGGGCUAUAAUGAGGCUGUCUUCUAAGGAAGCUCACCACAAAGCAGUCAACACCUGCACCACACACAUAUGUGUCAUGCUCAUCUCUUACACACCCUCACUUUUCUCUUUUCUUACUCACCGCUUUGGCCGAGGCAUUCCACCCCAUGUCCACACCAUUCUUGGCAACCUCUACUUCCUUCUACCACCAAUGCUCAAUCCUAUUAUUUAUGGUGUGAAAACCAAGGAGUUUCGGGAAAAAGUGAUCAAAUAUCGUUGCCUAAGGAAGGACCCCAUAACCAUUGGCCUUGGUCAGAAACCUGUUUGA